UUGCCACAUAAUGAGAACCCUCAAGUCCUUCAGCAGUGGCCCCCAGCACUAACAUUACCUUCAAUGUAAAAAUGUGCCUAUUUGCGGUCACUUCUACCACCAGGUGCAGCAACAGAGCUUGAGCUGCAAGGAAAACACGGUGCUUACUAUCAAGGGUGUUUGUGUCUAAUACUCUGUCAAACCAUGGUGGACUACUAUGAAGUUCUAGGAGUGCAGAGAUAUGCGUCACCAGAGGACAUUAAAAGAGCUUACCGUAAAGUGGCACUUAAAUGGCAUCCUGAUAAAAAUCCAGAAAAUAAAGAAGAAGCAGAGCGAAAAUUCAAAGAAGUCGCCGAGGCAUAUGAAGUAUUAUCAAAUGGUGAAAAACGGAACAUUUAUGAUAAAUAUGGCAAAGAAGGAUUAAAUGGCAGAGGUGGAAGUCAUCUUGAUGACGAAUGUGAGUAUAGCUUCACAUUCCAUAAGGCAGAUGACAUCUUCAAAGAAAUUUUUGGUGAAAGGGACCCAUUUUCAUUUCACUUCUUUGAAGACUCACUUGAGGACCUUUUGAGCAGUUCGAGAAGCUCUAAUGGAAGCAGAAGCAGAGGCACUGGAUCCCUUUUCUCCUGUUCAUAUGACCACCCAGUGUUUGCCAAGCUUUCUUCUUAUGACACAGGAUAUACGUCUUACGUUUCACUGGGGCACGAGGACCUUACUUCAUUCUCUUCCCUGGCAUUUGAUGACACUGGGAUGGGCAAUUACAUACCCAUUACACCUUCAGGCAGAAUUGUUAAUGGAAGAAACAAUUCCAUUAACAUCAAUACAAUAAGAAACAUCAAUACAAAGAAAACCUUUGAGAACUGUCCAGAAAGAGAAGCUGAAGAUGAUGGUGAAUUGAAAUCCUUUCUUCUAAAUAAUGUGGUAGAUGAAGAGGGAUUUGCAGAAAAACGAUACUGGAGAAGACAGUCACUCAACAACUAUUCACCAAAUUCCUACAGCCCCCCAAACAUAUCUCAAUAUACCAUUGUGGACAACAAUGAACAAGGUACACCUUGGGUCACCAGCAAGAAGGAGCCUUCCAUUUUCUCAGCAGGAUUCAAAGAAGGUGGUAGGAGAAAAAAGAAGAAGCACAAAGAGGGACAGAAGAAGAAGUCAAACAAAAGGAAUCACUAAUUGCCUCUUCAGACACAUUAUGAUCAUAUAACAUUUAAACACCA